AUUAUAGUUAACUAACUCGCGAUGUGUAGUGUUCUAUUAACCCUCCUUUUUUGCCCUGAAAGUGACGAUUAGUGUAACAGCAACUAUACCCACAAUGUCAACAGUUAAAGCCACGACCUUCGAUAAGUGUUAUCUCCGCGUACGCCAGCAGUAUCAACUAGAGGGUAUUACCCUCCGUAUCAAGCAAAGGGAGGCCCAGCAGAUAAUACUUACAAGAAGGCAUAGGGUUCUCUUAAGCGGCAAUUUCAGGACCAAGAAGCCUGACCUUAUCCGCCUACGGAACCAGACCAUCAAAGUUGACCCUAACGUAGUCCGCAACCGUCGCAACUACCCGCAGUCAACAGAGCCACCCAACGGUAACUCUGAGCCACCUGUUGACCUCCGUGAUACUCAGCGAAUACCCUCUGCGUGGGAAAGUAUUAAAACACCAGCCUCCUCAUCACAAGCCUCUUCGUCGCAGCCACGUAGGGCUAGGCCCUCUGCCACACCUACACCGUUAACAAGCAGCCGCAGUAGCCGUACCUCAAAGUAUAAUAGGCUGGAGGAGCAGGUGCGCCAGCUUGCUACGGCAUUAGCCCUUGAGCGAGACCAGCGGCAGCAACAGCAACGGGCUCAGGCAGAGUUCGAGGUUGCCCAGCAGCAGUUUAGAAGCAAACGUAUCUCUCAGCCAUUCCCCAGCCAACAGCAGUUUGCCUAUCAACUACCUCUUCAGCCUACCUAUCACCAGCCCAUCUAUCAGCAGCAACAGCCGCGGCAGCAACCCAUCUAUCAACAGCAGCCACAGCAACAGCAGCAGCAGCAGCAGCAGCCGCUACAAUGGGUAUAUCAGCCAUAGUCUAGAG